AUGCCAGCCAACUCGACAAUGUUCACAUCCGCGUGCAGAAACGUCGCUCGUUCUGGUGCAUCAAGGACGAUUGCCACGGCACCAAUCCGCAGAAGCCUGCACCGUUUGUCAACACCUUCAACACUCACAUCGGCCGCCACUAGAUACCGUCCGAGUGCGCCUUCGCUCAAGCCUGCCAGCUCCCAAUUUCCCACUGGUACCCGAUCGAUCUUCAUUCAGACCGAGGACACACCAAACGCAGACGCCUUGAAGUUCAUUCCUAACUCUCGCAUCUUGCCUGAGAACCUUGGAACCACCUUCCUCGAAUAUUUGUCGCCUCGCUCCACACUCGCACCUCCCCAUCCAUCACCUCUCGCCGCUCAGCUGCUGAAUGUGGAUGGUGUCUCAUCCGUUUUCUACGGCCCCGACUACAUUACCGUCACAAAGGACUCCGCCACCCCAUGGCCCCAUGUCAAGCCUGAGGUCUUCAGUCUGAUCACCGAGGCCGUCACAUCUGGCCAGCCUCUGGUCAACACAGUAGCGAACAAAAGUGGCGAGCAGGCACCGGUCGAGAAAGACUCUCUGGAAUACGAUGAGAACGACAGUGAGGUUGUCAGCAUGAUCAAGGAGUUGCUCGAGACCCGCAUUCGCCCCGCUAUCCAGGAAGAUGGUGGUGACAUUGAGUUCAGAGGUUUCGUCGAGGGUAAGGUUCUCCUGAAGCUGCGCGGUGCUUGCAGAACUUGUGACUCGAGCACCGUCACCUUGAAGAACGGCAUUGAGAGCAUGCUCAUGCACUACAUUGACGAGGUUCAAGGUGUUCAGCAAGUACUAGACGAAGAAGAGGAGGUUGCUCUGCGUGAAUUUGCAAAGUUUGAAGAAAAGUUGAAGGCACAAAAGGGCGAAGUUCCUGCUGGCACCACUGGCAAGGGAACUCUUGAUACCGUUGAGUAA